AUGUCCAGGCGGGAGAGGAAAAAGAGGGAGCGGGAGCAGGCACUCCGUGUUGCAGCUCUUGUAGGAGAUGAAGAGGAGGUGAAGGAGCUGCUCCGACAGGGAGUGGAUGUCAACUGUACCGACGUGCUUUCACAGCUCGAAGACACGCCACUUCACCGUGCAGCUUCAGGAGGACAUGUUGGUGUUGCUGAACUCCUCCUGAAGGCUGGAGCACAGGUGGACAGUAGGGAUGGGAAUCAAAACAGGCCACUUCACAGUGCAGCUUCAGGAGGACAUGUUGGUGUUGCUGAACUCCUCCUGAAGGCUGGAGCGCAGGUGGACAGAAGGGAUCAGUCUGGAGACUCGCCACUUCACAAUGCUGCUUCAGGAGGACAUGUUGGUGUUACUGAACUCCUCAUGAAGGCUGGAGCGCAGGUGGACAGUAGGAAUCAGUUUGGAAAGACGCCACUUUACAAAGCAGCUGAAAAAGGACAUGUUGGUGUUGCUGAACUCCUCCUGAAGGCUGGAGCACAGGUGGACAGUAGGGAUUGGUAUGAAUACACGGCACUUCACUUUGCAGCUUCAGGAGGAUAUGUUGGUGUUGUUGAACUCCUCCUGAAGGCUGGAGCACAGGUGGACAGUAGGGAUAAGGUAAGGGACGGCGAGACUCCUGAAGACAUAGCGGCAAGUACAGACGUUCCACCAUGGCUUGAUGAAGAUCGCGUCCUGGAGGGAAGGAAGAAGAUUCUCGAGCUCUUAGCAGCAGAAAAGUUGACCCGGUAG